AUGGGCGUCCGUCGCCUGCGCAUUGUCAUUGCUGUUGCGACGAUUUGGAUCUUUGCAUCAUGGUAUUACAUCUGGGCGCCGGGGCAAGGUCCCCCGUCGUCGUCCCCGUUUGCAGCCCAACGCGAAGGCACUGUAGAACUCGGGGACCAAUCGCCGGAUAUACGAUGGAAUAAGCCGCCUGCUCGCUUCCCCGUCAAGAAGCCGACCAAACUCCCGACCAAACUCCCAAAGACGCGCAUACCAAGAGUCCAGGCAGCGGAACCCAUUGAGGAAGAGGCGGCCAGAAACAAGCGCCACAAGCGCCUUGCUGCCGUCAAAGCUAGCUUCCAGCAUAGCUGGACGGGAUACAAAAAGUAUGCAUGGCGAAAGGACGAGGUCACGCCCAUUACUGGGAACUACAAGAAUCCCUUUGGUGGGUGGGCGGCCACGCUGGUGGAUUCAUUAGAUACCCUAUGGAUCAUGGGUCUGGAAACAGACUUCAACCUGGCCGUCAAGGCUUGUGACUCGAUCGACUUUACGACGACGCUGACCAAGGAUAUCAACGUUUUCGAGACCACGAUUCGAUACCUCGGUGGUUUCCUGGCAGCGUAUGAGCUUAGUGGCAGGCAAUACCCGGUACUGUUGUCCAAGGCACAAGAGGUGGGAGACUUGCUCAUGGGCGCUUUCGACACUCCAAACCGCAUGCCCGUGUCUCGGUGGGAUUGGCGCAAGUAUGUUCAGGGUAUAGAGCAAAAAGCGCCGCUGUCCAUGCUGGUCUCUGAGAUCGGUUCCUUCACAUUGGAAUUUGCCAAACUCUCGGAGCUGACGGGCAACAUGAUCUAUCAUGAUGCUGCCCAGCGGAUAUCUGACCAAAUUGAAUUGGGCCAAAGCAAUACUCAUCUGCCAGGCAUGUGGCCCGUGGUCAUUGACGCCUCAAAGUCACCAAUAGAAUUCACGGGUGACACGUUCACUUUGGGUGGCAUGUCCGACUCCCUAUAUGAGUAUUUCCCAAAACAGUAUGCUUUGCUUGGCGGCAUGUUGGAACAGCCGCGUCGGCUGUACGAGGGGUUUAUUGAUGUGGCCAAAGAACAUCUCUUCCGCCGCGCUCUGAAUCCCGAUAAUUUGCCGAUCCUCCUUCCUGGGGAUGCUAGAGUCAAGAAUGCUCAGGACCCGGUGACGCGACAAAUCAUUCGUACCCCACGCGCGCAACACUUGACAUGUUUUGCCGGAGGCAUGGUGGGACUGGCAGCCAAGGUCUUUGAUCGCCCGGCUGACAUGGAUAUUGCCAUUCAGCUCACCAAUGGGUGCGUGUGGUCGUAUUUUGCUACUCCUUCGGGACUGGGCCCAGAAAUCUUCAACUACAUCCCCUGCGAUCCCGACCCAAAGCAAGAUGACUGUCAGUGGUCGGAGAGACGCUGGCUGGACAGCUUGAAGAUGCACUGGCGCAAAGGCCAAAAGGAUGUGCCUGAUCAGACGGCCAAAGACAUUGUGGAUGGGCGCAAGCUGCCCAAGGGCAUGCUAGACGUCAAUGAUAGGAAAUAUAUCCUCCGUCCAGAAGCCAUCGAGUCAGUUUUUCUCAUGUAUCGCAUGACUGGAGAUGCAUCGUGGAUGGACAAGGCCUGGGACAUGUUUAUCGCCGUUGAAAAGCACACGCGAACCACGGUGGCGGCAGCGUCGCUGGACGACGUGACCAAGGCGAAGCCACUCCAGACCGACAGCAUGGAGAGUUUCUGGCUCGCCGAGACACUGAAAUAUUUCUAUCUCGUGUUCAGCGAGUGGGACGUUGUGGACUUGGAUAAGUGGGUGCUCAAUACGGAAGCACACCCUCUUCGGCGAGCAGAUGCCGAUUUAUAG